GCUGCGCUGCGCCGUUCAUGGAAGAGAUGUCGGGUGACAGCGUGGUGAGCUCAGCGGUGCCGGCCGCUGCCACUCGCACUACCUCCUUCAAGGGCACCAGUCCAAGCUCCAAGUAUGUCAAGCUGAACAUUGGUGGGGCCCUCUACUACACCACCAUGCAGACCCUGACCAAGCAGGACACCAUGCUCAAGGCCAUGUUCAGUGGCAGGAUGGAAGUCCUGACGGACAGCGAAGGCUGGAUCCUGAUCGACCGCUGCGGGAAGCACUUUGGGACCAUCCUGAACUACCUGCGGGACGGAGCAGUGCCCCUGCCGGAGAGCCGCCGGGAGAUCGAGGAGCUGCUGGCUGAGGCAAAGUACUACCUGGUGCAGGGGCUGGUGGAGGAGUGCCAGGCAGCCCUGCAGCAGAACAAGGACGUGUAUGAGCCCUUCUGCAAGGUCCCAGUCAUCACAUCUUCCAAAGAGGAGCAGAAGCUUAUUGCCACAUCCAACAAGCCAGCAGUGAAGCUGCUCUACAACAGAAGCAACAACAAAUACUCCUACACCAGCAACUCUGAUGACAACAUGCUGAAGAACAUUGAGCUGUUUGACAAGCUGUCCUUGAGGUUCAACGGCAGAGUGCUCUUCAUCAAAGAUGUGAUUGGAGAUGAGAUCUGCUGCUGGUCCUUCUACGGGCAGGGCCGGAAGAUCGCCGAGGUCUGCUGCACCUCCAUCGUUUAUGCUACUGAGAAAAAGCAGACAAAGGUGGAGUUCCCGGAAGCCCGCAUUUACGAGGAGACCCUGAACAUUCUGCUCUACGAGUCCCAGGACGGGAGGGGACCUGACAACGCUCUGCUGGAAGCCACAGGAGGGGCAGCAGGGCGCUCCCACCACCUGGAGGAGGACGAGGAGCGGGAGCGCAUCGAGCGCGUCCGCAGGAUCCACAUCAAGCGGCCGGACGACAGGGCCCACCUGCACCAGUGA